CAUAUGCUCUGCCUUUCCAUGGAUGCCUUUCAUUUCAUUUCUCCUCCACCCACAUCAUCUCUCCGUCACGCCCUCCCUUUCUCCGCCCUUCUUCCUCUUUUCCUUCUCUGCAUCCCUCCGUUUCAACCCCACCUCCCAAGUCAUGGCUUCUUGUGCCGCCCCAAGACCGGCUUUCUCCUUUCACCUUUCCUCCUCUUUUCCUCAACUUCACCCUCCAAAAUCCAAGCUCCACCUCUCUCCUUCCAACUCCCUUCUCAAUCCACUGUGCCAUAAACGCUCUGAUCCUCCAAAAUUCAUCUCAUAUUCCAUUGACGUUUCCAAAGAAGAUACUCCUACUUCUGGCUCAGAGCAGCCCGAUUCCCCCUCCUCGUCUUCCCCUUCACCGGACUCUGAAAAUUUCGAUAAGCGUCGCCUGGAAGAGAAAUUCGCGGUGUUGAAUACCGGAAUUUAUGAAUGCCGAUCCUGUGGGUACAAAUACGACGAGGCCGUGGGUGACCCCUCUUAUCCGAUUCCCCCUGGACUUCAGUUCGGGAAGCUUCCCGAUGAUUGGCGGUGUCCCACCUGCGGGGCUGCCAAGAGUUUCUUCGAGAGUAAAAGCGUCGAGAUUGCUGGUUUUGCUGAGAAUCAGCAGUUUGGGCUUGGUGGCAAUUCUCUCACUUCUGGACAGAAGGCUGUGCUCAUUUAUGGCAGUUUGUUCUUCUUCUUUGUUCUGUUUCUUAGUGGCUACUUUAUCCAAUAGCUUGAUCACCCAGAUUUUCUGUUUUUAAAUCCUGGAUCCUUACCACUGCCGUGCCUAAUAUAUUCGGGUUAUUGUUUAGUACGAGUUGCGGUCUUCAUUUUUUUGAAAAAUAAUGAAUCAUCGACUUUUUCCCCACCCAUGUUGAUAGCGUGCUUGCGUAUUUAGGAGCCAAGUACUUCACCAGAGUUGGAGAACUUGUUGCUCAUCUCCCUAA